AUGCUAAUGGCGCAGCAGCACCGAAUCAGGUUUUCGGACAGCGUUCAGUCCGGAGCCUUUAUUUUUCCUCUGUCAGACCGUUCAGAGCCUUUUGAGGAAUCAGGACUCACUGAGAAGAUCAAAAAGUUUGUUCAAGUCCACCGAAACUGCUUUCUACUCCUGCAGGCCCCCUGUAAUGGGAAAAGGGAGCAGGAAAUAUUGACUCUCAUUCAGAACAGGUUCUUUGCCAGCAAUCUCAGGAUCCUGCCUGUACGAAACAAUGCUGAAAUUGUCAAAGGGAUGUUGACUAUCGCCAAGGCCACCAGCAAGCCUCAUGUGGACAUGAUCCGGCACCGGAUGUCUCUGGCUCGAGCCCACAUCAUUGAAAGCAGUCCUGUGUGGGAGAUGCUAAGAGACAGACUGUAA